CCCGGAUGUGACGUCACCUCCCCGCCGCACGCGAGCCGCUCGAGAGCCCGAGGUCACGCGUCGCUCCGCAGUCAGUAACGGCCCGGUCGUCAUGGUGUUCCUCACGCUCUCCCGCUGGAUCCGGAACCGUGGACCGGACCGGUUCUGGAAGGUCCAGGAGCUGCUGAAGAGCGCGCGGCACUUCCGGGGCAGGAAGAACCGUUGUUACAGUCUAGCGGUGCGUGCUGUACGCAGAGCCUUCGUCUACGCCACCAAAGCUCGGAAAGCCAAGCGACGCAGCAUGAGACAGCUCUGGAUCCAGCGUCUCGCCGCGGCCUGCAGAGAACAACACAUGAACUACCCCGUGCUCACACACAACUUGAUCAAGAGCAGUGUUCAGCUGAACCGGCGUGUUCUGAGUGAUCUGUGUAUCUCGGAGCCCGGUUCUUUCAGGGCCCUGGCGGCUCUGGCUCGGUCUCGUCGGGUCGAGGGUCUCCGGGCAGCGCUGGGCGACGGCAGCCAACCGCCGGGCGUCUUCUCACGCAUCACGCAGCCAAUCACAGCGCAGCACGGCUGAUCACUUGACCCCAUCUCUUCCUGUAAAUAAGAGUCGUCUGUGGAUAUCAAUAAAACCUUUUCUUAUUUAAAUGCUGCUUUGUUGUGUUUAUAAUCAGAAGCGUGUCUUGAUUCUCAGAAAUAAACUGAAAAGUUACAAUAAAUUCUGUCUAAUAAAA